CGGCGGGUUUGCGGGCCCGGCUUUGCUGCCCUCCAGCCCGCAGCUGCCCUGCACACCGGCUCUGCUCCGGGAAUGCAGUCCCCGCACGGUGCUCCACGGUUUUGGAAGUUUCUUUCCAGACACUGAGUAACCACUGCUGAUAAUUGUGUUGGUGGGCUUGGUUCUGAAGGUCUCGCUGCUUGUAGCUGGUGCAUUGACUUUCUGAAGCGAUUGCUUGAUAUGGUGUGGCGUGUGGGAUCUUCAGAGUAGCGCUCUCCUCCCGAGGCCGCUGCUUUGCAGUGGAUUCAGUGCUGCUUUCUAGAGCUGAACUACUGUUGAGAUAAUAAUGGCUGUGUAAGAAUCCCUUUUCCUCAGGGGCUUCAGGUAUCUACCACUGACUGGCCACAUCAAUAAGAUGCUGAUGCUGCUGGCUAUUCCUUCAUUCUUCAUCAGACUUUGAUAAAGCAGCUAUGCCUGUUCAAUUGCUGAAGAUCAUUGAAGGACAAUCUGAGACUCCACUACCAAGCCAUUUGCAGAAGGAGAAUUUAAAACAUUUGCAAGAAGGGUGUGAUUAUACCAACAAAUACAUUCAGGGAAUAGUUACUCUUUCCUACCCAUUAACAAAACUCAGAGAUGGAAGAGACUUUUUCAAGAUUGUUGUUCAAGAUACGGAUAACUUGUGUUCCCAGAUCAGCAGCAUCAAUAUUUUCAUAUAUGGAAAAAUGGCAGAGGAUUGUGCAAAACUUAUACGCCAUGGGGAAAGCUUCAUAGCUGCAGGAUUCAAGGUGAUAAAAUUGCCUACAGACAGAGAGGAUGAUAGACAUGAUUGUCACCUGGAAGUGUCUGAAGAAGCUGGAUCAACCAUUUAUAUUUACACUAAACCAGGAAUAACUGCUGCUUCAGAAACUGCAUCUGUGUCUGUUGCUCCAAAAUAUGUGUAUACUCCCCUGAAUCAUCUUAAAGAUGGAACUGUAGUGAACUUGUAUGGAGUUGUGAAAUUCUUCAAGCCUCCAUAUAUUAGCAAAGGAACUGGUUUAGCUUCACUCCAGGCACCCCUUUCCUCCUUCCUAGUCUCUGUUCCUCUGGCUGUGGUUACAGAUGUCUCUUGGAGGGACAGUAGGAGGUUCAGGAGAGCAGGGCCUUUCUUCCCACUGCUACUUGGUUUCUCAGAUUAUUGCUCAAUUGUAACACUUGUGGACCAAUCAAAUGUGAAGUUAACAUGCAGUCUUUUUAGUGGAAACCUAGAUUUUCUACCAAAAAUUUACAAAGUUGGAGAUAUUGUUCGAUUUCAUAGAAUAAAGAUCAGAGAAUACAAUGGACAGAUGCAGGGAAUUACCAGUGGAGGAUUUGCAUCCUUAACAUUUGAUGGAACUGUAGGAGCUCCAGUAAUUCCUCGAACUUCAAGCAGAGUGUACACGUUCAUGGACGAAGAACAGAAAACAGUAGAAGAAUUACGUAUUUGGGCAGCCAGCAAUAUUUCCAUCUCUGGACCAGCAACAAAAUUGUCUGGUGUUCAGCCAAUGCUGUUCUUUGAUCUCACUUGCCAGCUGGUAGGAAAAGCAAAAGUGGAUGGAUCUUCUUUUCUUCUAAAGGUUUGGGAUGGCACUGAAUGUCCCUACCCCACAUGGAAGGUGCCUGUGGAAGCAAAAGACCUGGAAGGAGAAAAAGUUCUUCUUCAUCAGCUGAAAAAUCUAGCAGUGGACAUUCUGGUCUAUGAUAAUCAUGUACAACUGGCAGAAUCACUUAAGAUUGGAAGUUUUCUGAGAAUUUACAGUAUUCAUGCAAAAGAAGCAAGUGCUGACAAUGAAGAUGUCACACGUAUGGAAUUUCAUCUUCAUGGUGGCACCUGUUAUGGUCGAGGAAUAGGGGUCUUGCCAGAAAGUAACCCAGAUGUUAAGGAACUAAAAGAAUUCCUAGAAUCUGUUACUCUGACAGACAGUCAGAAUAUGGAAAGCUGUUCAAUGGACAUAGACAGCACUUUUGGCAAUGUUACAGAUCUCGAACUGCACUUACAGAGAUGUCAGCAGUUAUCUGUUACAGUAUUAACAGAUCAUCAGGAUUUGAGUAACACAGAACUGAAAACCAUAACAAAUAGCACAGCUCCUCAACAGUAUCGCAUUAGAGCAAAGCUGAGGACUUACAAACCCCAAAAGCUCCAUCAGUCUGUUAAACUUCAUUGUUCCAAAUGCAACUCCUUGCAAGAAGUUCCAGAUAGAGAUGACUUUGACUUCAUUUUACACGGCUCUGCUGGUAUUGCCCCAAACCCAGAAUUGCACAAUACAUCCUGGUAUGAAUCUGUAACAUGGACUACACAAGAGCAGAAACAGAGGGAAAUAGCCAUCCAUUUUGUGAAGCAUGAUGAAAUGCUUCAACAUCCUGAAGACACCUUGAUAAUGGUAGAAGGUGGAACACUAAAAGAAAUCUGGAAGCUUACAAAAAGAUUCAAAUGUGUUAUUCCUGUGAGAUCCACAGAAGAUGAUCUUGAAUUACUAGAUCUUUCAGCUCCUUUUCUCCUAAAAGGGAAUGUAAAAUAUUAUGGGUGCAAGCAGUGCUCAACUCCAAAGCCUAUGAAGAAUCUAAGUUCCAUUUCAGCAGAACAGCAGCCAUCAUGGGAGCCAACUGAAAUAGCACAAGUUUUAGGUAUUGAACUGCUCCAAUAUGUUUUUGUUAUGAAGUUUACACUGGUUGAUGAAACAGGAUCACUAAAUGCAUACCUUUUUGAUGAUGAGAAGUUUUUCCAAAUUCCUGCCUCUGAAAUCUUAACUAGUAAUUUUCUUCAGCAAAAGAUGCAGAUGACCAUGAAUGCGCUCUGUCCUCCAGGAAGAAAAUUAGGUGACUUGCCGUGGCUGGAAUGCUUCAUCAAAUCCUAUAAUGUCCGAGACACAAUGAAAAAUCAAGUUUGUUACCAAAUUUUUGACACCACAGUUGCUGAAGAUGUUGUAUAGUCGUGUGUUGCUGAUUAUAAAUAAUCCAGUAAGACUCAGUUUCUGUGGGGGACUGGGAUCAGAGACUGUAUUAAAAAAAAUAUCUUUGUUCCGUUCUUAGGAAUUCAACUUGUUUUUGUGAAUUUUUUGUUAUGUAUGAAUGGGAAUGGGAAUUAUACUUUGAUAUGUUUGCCAUUUUCCUGGCACACGACUUUGUGAUCUAAGGGCAAGUGGAGGUGUUAAGCUUUUCACUGGAAGCUGCUUGGCUGUGGUUGAUGGAAGCAAUCUGCUUUCCAUCUAUCCUUCAAAAAGGCAAUGAUGAGAUUACUCUAAAUUUGUGAGUUUUACUCCAAAAAAUGUAGUCAGGAUGAUGCUGUGUGUUCAUUUUUGUAUUAAAUUGCAUCACCAGACGCAGAGAUACAGAGCUCUUCAGUAAACUCAGACUGCUUUGUUCAAGCCAAUAUUACUGUUCUCAGUUUGACAGGGAGAUGGGUUUUUAGAGACUCCUUUGAUUUUGUACUGAUGUGUACAUUUGGACAAACUCCUCCUGUUAGUAACACUCAGGUAACUGCUACAUGUACCAGUUACUGUAGAUUCUGAUGGGGUUGUGAACAUGGCCAUGUAAUGAUUAUCACUAAAAUUAAAGUCAAUCACAAAAGUAAGGUAGUGUAAAUUUGCAAAAUGAAUAUUGAUAUUUGGUAGAUGGUCAUGAUUCUGGGGUGGCCUUGUUGGGUACCAAAGUUGUUAACAUGCUUGUUAGCUGGAUCUGUAUUUUCAAAGGCUUGAUCUGCCUUUCCAUCUUACAUAAUCAGAUUGUGUGCCUAAAUUUGGAGGUACAGAACUGAUCUGGUGCUAUCAGGGAUUGAAAAUUCUGCUGGACUGGAAAACUAUGUGGUGGUUUUACUUUGCAUUGAGAAGUCUCUAGGACAAGUUCAGGACAUGAUUCUCUAAGGAUAAUUAAUGUAGAAGUCCCUGUCAAAUCAAAUGCUUUCCAUCAGAGCAAAAUUACUUAGUAUUUACAGCAGCUGUUUUUAAAGAAUUUCAGAAGCAAGAUGCAACAUUUGUAAGUAGAUCAUUAUUUUGAUAGUAGAUGACAUUUUAUUUUUUUCCUUUUUGAGGGCCAUUUAAUAGAUUAUGCAAUUUGUCUUAAAAUUUCAUCACAUAUCCUCUGGCAAUUUUCUUGUUCUGUAAAAAUUACACUGGGUUUAUAUGUCAUAAGCCAGUAUAUUGUUCUUUAUUGAUCUGUGUGUGGGGAAAACCAAUAUUAAAAGUGGUGAGUGCAUAUUUCCUUUAAAAAUUUCUAAAAAAUAAAAAUAUUUUGGAAUUUAUCCUGCAGUUUAUCAGUGUACUGACUUAAGAAUGUUUUCUUGAAUUUUUGCAUAAUCGCAUCAACAGAAAAUAAUUAUAACAAAUGAAUAUUAUAAAACUUUGCACACUGGCCAUACCCAAAUGUUUUCACAAGUUAGGAGUUAAAUUGAAGGGAAUCUUCUUUGCUUGUAUUUAUAUAGAGUGUGAAAACAUGAAUUUCUGUUUUUAGAUUUUUGUUAACAAUUGUGAAAGAUGUUGAUAUUGUACAUUUUUUUCUAAACGUGUCUUCAUAAAGGAAUAAAUAAAAAUGUGUUUUGAA